CUGACGGCUCAUCAACCCUCAUCAUCAAGUGAUCAACAAGAUUCUCGGCCGGCCCACUAAAGGAUAGGGAAAGAUUCCCAUAUCUGGCCAUCACUUGUCACCCUGUGCACCCACCCUAUGGGACUGAUCUGAAAGGGAUAUUGAUGGUGCAGUCUUUUGGGUUGUUGAUGGGUACGUGUCCAGAGCCAGAUAUCUGUUGCAUUAAAGGACUUCCAAUUGUGGGCCGGUGAUCCAAAGAACCAUGGAUGCACAAUCUGAAGCAGCCUGCCAACGGCCUGAUGACCCUACCACGAUGCAACGAUCUGAAGCAGCCAGCGAUCAACCUGAUGUUCCUACCACAAUGCAACAAUCUGCAGCAGCCUACUAACAGACUGAUGUCCUCACCACAAUGCAACAAUCUGAAGCAGCCUACCAAUGGCCUGAUGUCCCUACCACGAUGCAACAAUCUGCAGCAGCCAGCGAAGAAACUGAUGUCCCUACCACGAUGCAACGAUCUGAAGCAGCCUACCAACAGACUGAUGUCCCCACCAUAAUGCAACAACCUGAAGCAGCCUACCAAUGGACUGAUGACGUCCCUUCCAUGAUCGAACAAUCUGCAGCAGCCAGCCAACGGACUGAUGACAUCCUUCCCAUGAUGCAACAAUCUGCAGCAGCCUACCAACGGACUGAUGACAUCCUUCCCAUGAUGUUACAAUCUGCAGCAGCCUACCAACGGACUGAUGACAUCCUUCCCAUGAUGCAACAAUCUGCAGCAGCCUACCAACGGACUGAUGACAUCCUUCCCAUGAUGCAACAAUCUGCAGCAGCCUACCAACGGACUGAUGACAUCCUUCCCAUGAUGCAACAAUCUGCAGCAGCCUACCAACGGACUGAUGACGUCCCUUCCAUGAUGCAGCAAUCUGCAGCAGCCUACCAAUGGACUGAUGACAUCCCUUCCAUGAUCCAACAAUCUGCAGCAGCCUACCAACAGACUGAUGUCCCUUCCAUGAUCCAACAAUCUGCAGCAGCCUACCAAUGGACUGAUGACAUCCUUCCCAUGAUGCAACAAUCUGCAGCAGCCUACCAACGGACUGAUGACAUCCUUCCCAUGAUGCAACAAUCUGCAGCAGCCUACCAACGGAUUUAUACCCCUACCACUAUGCAACAGGAGGCUCAGGUACCUGCUGCAUUAGAUUCCCCACAACGAAGUGGAACCAUCGGAAACAGCGUCACAAUCAGUGGCAGCAACAAUCCUAUCAUUGCUGGUUCAAGUGGAGUUAAUAUCAAUUACAACUUCCCGUUGCAGGGACCAGGAUGCAGCGCCCCCAAAAAGAUGAAGCUUGACAGUCCAGCCCAAGAUCCUGCUGAUUGCUGUGAAGAUGCCCUGAAGUCAUACUACAGGAGGAAAGGUAGCUUUGUUAAGUUGAUUCCAUGGGUGGGUGAUGACAGGAAACACAUAAAGAAAAUUUACACAGAAUUACAGUUAAUACUUGGUAAGGACAGAGUCAAGCUGGCAUCAUAUGACGAUAUAUUACAACGUGAGACAGAAGAGGGAGAUCUGAUCCUUAUAGCUGUUUUAACUGGGUUAGCUGGUAGAGGAAAGACCACACUUUUUAACAAAAUUGCAUAUGAUUGGGCAGUUGGUUCUAGUCGGGUACUACGGAAGUACAAACUUGUCUUCCUGUUGAAAAUGCACGCACUGGAGCAGAGUUCAGAUCUUGUCGAUGCAGUUUUUGACCAACUCUUGGCUAAAGAUGUAAGUAUUGAAAGAGGUACCCUUGACAUGUUUAUCAAGAACAGUCCUGGAAAAGUCCUUGUUUUACUAGAUGGCUUUGAUGAGCUCAUGACCACCACCUUGUGUGAUUCUUCAUUUGGUUCCAUCCUGGAGAUCCUUAAUGGAAAGAAGUUGAGGGGUUGUACUGUACUUGUAAGCACCCGCCCCUCACAUGUUGACAGACUUGUAUCAGAGAAACUGGUUCAGGACCCAUUCACACAUGUCGAGGUCAUGGGUUUCAGUUGGAAAAAUGUCACCGAGUAUGUUAAUAAUUUUUUUGUUGGUGAACCUGACAAGGCCAAGGGGCUUCUUGAAAAGAUUAAAUUGUCAGGCCUUUUGAUUGACUUAGCUGCGAGCCCAAUGCUUCUUCUUGUGAUGUGUGUACUAUGGCAAGAAAAGUGUACACUCCCAGAAACAAUGUCACGUCUGUAUCAUGAUGGAUUUUCAUAUAUCUUCCGAAGAAAAGGAUUGGACUCACAAGAUGAAGCAGCAAAAGUUGUGAUUGAAAUUGGCAAGGUUGCGUUGCAUGGUCUUCUUUCUCCAGAUCAGUCACUCUCUUUCAAAGAAAGUGACUUUGAGCCGAGUGUGCUUGAGCUGGCUCUGAAAGCAGGUAUUCUGACCAGCCAGAGAGUCCGCAAGAGACUGCAGAGUCACAACAGUGUUCAGUUUUUUCACAAGACAUUCCAGGAGUUCUCUGCUGCUGCUUACUUGCAGAGCUUGUUAGAAGCAGACCCAGAGGAAUUUCAGAAGAUUUUGAAUGAAAUUAUGUCAAAGGGUGCAAAGAGGUUUGAGUAUCUUCUGCGCUUUUGUUGUGGUGACAAUGAGGCAUGUACAUAUGAGAUAAUGAAGGUAUUUCAGGUGAGGUGUCAGGAGGACUUGUCAUUCGAAUCAGAGAUGGGUCAGUUGGCACUUCAUUGUUUCUUUGAAGGUCAGUCUGAAAGUUUGCCUCCAGAGGAAUUCAUACAUUCAUUCAUAACUGAUAAUAUUUGCAUUGAUGGAUUUAACUGGGACAGGGAUUGUCUGAACUCAGUCAUAUACUUUCUGAAAAGUGUUGCUGAACAGACAAAAAACAGUGGCAACACAUACCUUGCUAAGGUAAAGGAAUUAUUUGUACUCGCUGAUAAAUGGACAUGGUUUAUUGAGAAGUUAGCUGUCACCAUGUGUGCAAUGACAAACCUUAAUGCUGUAGUUUUUUCGUUUUGCCUGUAUUUGACUGGUAGCAACAUGGCAGAUAUUGCUAAGUCGUUCAGGGAUCUAACCAACUUGCGUGAAUUUUAUAUUCAUUGUAGUGACGAGCUGCGUGGUACAGCAGCAUUAUGGUGCAUGCAUUUGAAGCAGUUGAAAUCUCUCAAGAAGCUGCACUUGAGUGCCUGCAAAUUGAAUGGCCAGGACAUAACACUUAUUGCUGAGUCACUUAUUGAUUUACCUAACUUCAGUGAAUUGAUCCUUUUUGGUAAUAACCUGGGUGGAACAGUAGCAUUAUGGUGCAUGCAUCUAAAGCAGAUGAGGACCCUCACAAAGCUGAACUUGAGUGGCUGCUCAUUGAAUUUACAGGACAUCAAACAUGUUGGGGAGUCAGUCAGGGAUCUACCCAACUUGGUUGAAUUGAAAGUUUCAUAUCAUGACCCGAGUGGCACAGCAGCAUUACGGUGCAUGCAAUUAAAGCAGCUGAAGACCCUUACAAAGCUGGGCUUGUGUAAAUGCUUUGUGAAUGGACAGGACAUCAAACAUGUUGCUGAGUCACUUCCCAACUUGGUUGAAUUGGAUCUUUCUGAUAAUGAGCUGUGUGGUACAGCAACAUUGUGGUGCAUACAAUUAAAGCAGCUGAAGACCCUUACAAAGUUGGGCUUGCGUAGAUGCUCACUGAAUGGACAGGACAUGAAACAUAUUGCUGACUCACUCAGGGAACUUCCCAACUUGGGAGAAUUGGAUCUUUCUCAAAAUUAUCACCUGUGUGGUACAGCAGCAUUGUGGUGCAUGCAUUUGAAGCAGUUCAAGUCCCUCAGGAAGCUGGACUUGGGUUACUGCUCAUUGAAUGGACAGGACAUCGAACAUGUUGCUGAGUCACUCAGGGAUCUGCCCAACUUCAGUGAAUUGGAUCUUUCUGGGAUUAACCUGGGUGGUACAGCAGCAUUAUGGUGCAAGCAUUUAAAGCAGUUGAAGUCCCUUACAAAGGUGAGCUUGAGUGAAUGCUCAUUGAAUGGACAGGACCUCAAACAUGUUGCUGAGUCACUCAGGGAUCUACCCAACUUGGUUGAAUUGGUUCUUUUGGGUAAUAAACUGGGUGGUACAGCAGCAUUGUGGUGCAUGGAGGUAAAGCAGCUGCUGCACCUUCAGAGGCUGAACCUCAGAUACUGUGACCUGACAGAGGAUGACAAGAACCAUAUUUAUGAGUCACUCAGUGACCUAAGGAAGAAUGGAUUAGACCUUGACAUGCGGUAUUAAUAGUAAUAAUUGCUGUGGGAAGGAAUGCAUGUAAUUUUAACUGCCCAUUCAUUGCACCAUCAAAAGCAUGUGAAUGUCACUAAGUUAACCUAUAUGAGUAACAAUAUCUUCCACAUACUUUGGUUUUGAAUAAUAUAAACUAUGCCCAAGCUUUUUCAUAAGCUUUUUUUUUUGUUAGGCAGUUAGAGGGAAGAUCUAAAACCUAGCUAGAAGCAAAAUUGUAACAGGAGUGAUUUGAGUUAAGCAAGAGAUUUCCUCAGUGGCAUACAUGUGGCUCCUUCAU